GGUAAAUCCCCCAUGUUGGUGGCAGUCGCCUAUCCAACAAUCACGUACGGAUUUAUAUAGCAUCGAAUCCCAACAGUAGGUAUCGAAUUUGCUAACUCAAGUGAUAUCAACGCUAUUUUAAAACAGUUACUGACAUGUCAAAUAUACGCUGGGCCACGAUAGCAUCUUCUUUGUCGUGUCUGGGAAUUGGAAGUUUUCUUGGGAAGAUCUACGGAACACGGUGCCAUGACAGCUGUGCAUCAUGCAAUGGACCCCUACAUUAUUUUUCACUGCCAGUAGCUGAAGCAAAAGUUAACACAGAACUCCAGGUACCAGUCACUCCGAUCCGACAAGAAAUUUCUGCGAAGGGUGAUGCACCGGCUGGAAAUAACAGCAGGGUUUCUCAAAUAAUGCGUUUCGGUUUUCCUGGGCUUGACAACGUCCGCACUCUCAAGGACUACGUAAUCUCCUACGAUCGACGAAAUCGCACCGCAAAUUGGGUCUUCGAGCACCUGACUCCGGAAAAUGUUGCGUACAAUGAAUACGUCGACAGGAAACAUUGUGAGUUUGUUGAAGAUGAAAGUUUUCACCCCUAUCACAGGGCAAGGAAUGAGGAUUAUAAAGGCAGUGGAUAUGAUCGAGGGCACCUGGCAGCAGCGGCGAACCACAGGUCUUCCUUACAAGCUAUGGGAGAGACAUUUCUUCUUAGUAAUAUUUCCCCACAGGUUGGCAAAGGUUUCAAUCGUGAUGCAUGGAACAAGUUGGAAAAUUAUGUCAGAAAAUUGACCAAAAAUCACCCCAAUGUCUAUGUUUGUACAGGGCCUUUGUAUCUUCCUAGAAAAGAACCAGAUGGCAAAACCUAUGUCAAGUAUGAAGUGAUAGGAAAAAACAAUGUAGCUGUUCCGACACAUUUUUUCAAAGUAAUUGUCAUGGAAAACGAAAAAGGGGACUUCCACUUACAGUCAUUUGUAAUGCCUAACCAAGCUCUUCCAGACAAUAUUAAUUUAUUUAACUUUCAGGUGCCUGUUGAUUCCAUCGAGAGGGCCGCUGGACUUUUAAUGUUUGAGAGGUUGCCUAGAAACAGGCUCAAGUACAUUAAUGGCAAAAAGAUAUGAUUAAAAUACAGGCUGUCUCAUGAUCUUUCAACAGCUUUUCAAUGGUCAGUUGGUGCAGCAAAAAGAUACACAACUUUAUCUAAUGAAGAUAUCGGUUUAUUAUGUAACUUAUGAAAAUAAUGGGAUGAUUAUCAAGGUUUUUAACAGCAAUUGCAGUAGGUACAUAAUGGCUUUUAGUGUGGAAUGGUUUUGCUGGUGUACAUUUAGUAACAAGCUGAG